UCAUCAGGUAAUUAUAUUGCUCUUUAAGAGUCCGAGAUUGUCAAUCAAAUUCUCCGCGGUUGUCACGAGGUUAAUGUAUAACGCUCUAGCGGAAACCUAAAAGGAAACAUGUUACGAGCUAAUUAAAAGACUGAUGUCGGUAUUCGAAGCUCGCAAAAUCGUGUAAGUUUUCGCUUUGUUUCAUCACGUCUCUAAUUGGAGGGAAAUCUUUGGAUGAUGAGCAACAAGACCGGGGUAAGAAGUCCAGCGGCAAGAUUAAGAAGUCUGGCUUUGAGUAGGUCUGUUGGCAGACCAAAGCUGCGAAAAGCUCUGUCGGUAAACAGCGAAAGUGAGUUAUUGAAGGCAGUCUCUGGGGCUUCACUCACGACAGGCAAAGAUUUCGGGGUGAGCAAAACCCCACCUUUACAAAGGAAAACUCUUAGUGCCUCUGAAAAUGUGCUUUCAUUCAAGUUACAAGCCAGUUCAUAUAAGGAAUACGACAGAGAAAUCAUGACUUCAGGCAACCAUGCGGAAAACGUCAGUAAACAGCCAAGGACUGGCAAAGAAUAUCACAAAACAAACGGUUUGGAUCGUAAGGAUUUAAACUCGAGAAUGCAGGAGAUAAUUCGCCAGAGUUUGUCUGCGCACCUUGAAAGUACGGAAUACAAUCACGAAAUCUGUGGCAGCAAGUGUAGAACUAUAAGCCAAUCAAUAGAGAAAGGUGUUAAAUCUCUUUGUGAUACUCAAUACAAGAUUACAGCUCUGGUUUACAUCGGUGCUAAUCGAGACCGAGGAAUUGAAAUUUCUAGCCAGUGUGUUUGGAAUCCGAGGACAGAUAACUUUGCGAUGGCAACAUUUGGCACGAAUUCGUUGUUCGCAACAGGGAUUGUUUUCGCUACGUUAUUCAACGGCGACUAAAUGUUUGUCCGCAGAUAUUUAGUUCUUGAGGGAAUCACAGCUCUCCCGCAGGAGCUAAUAUACUUUUCACUUCAUAAGUAUUAACAAUAGAAGAAAAAACAGUGUGGGACAUGUUGAAAGUGUUAUUCAAUAAUAGGGACAUAAUUAGUUGUACGAUUAAAGUAAAAAUAAAAACGCCGUUGUAAAUUGUCAGGUGAGCGGGCGCUUCAUUAAUUUCAACUGUUUGUAAAGGUUCAGUAUUUCAGGAGAACAAAGGACUUUGAGUUUUGGAGUCCUUGAGUCGUAACUAAAUAGUCAAAACUUUUCGUUUCAAUUUUUUUUUUCAAUUCCAGUGUUCAAAGACUGCGUAGAACCAGGAGUUUUAUGAUAGAUCAUUUCAAACUCAAUAAACAAAUAACGCUCGUACUCUAAAGCCCAAAUACACUUGUGUAACUUUAUUAAAUAAUUUAUUCACGUUAAA